AUGAUGGCUAAUAAUGGUGGUACCAGUGCGGGUACUCUGCAGGGGAAGCCCGUGUCUCGUUUGGAGCUUCUGGCGAGGGAGAGGGCUCAGAAACGUGCAGUAGGGACCGUCCCUGGGACGGAAGCGAAGGUUGUUGGGCAGACUGGGGACAACAAGCGUGUUGCGAUGCUGCAGAGGUUGCGGGAUGGUGCUGGUGCUGGUGCUGGUACUGGUACGGCGGGUAAACUCUCCCUGGGUGAACGGUUGCGGAUACAGCGGGAAACCGGACUCGAAGUUACGGGUUCCGUUCGGAACCUGCCGCCGAGGAGAGGGGUCACUCUGGCUGACAGAUUGAGGCGUAAUGCAGUACGCACGCCGAACCCUACGGUUACUAAACAAAGAGAACCCGUGCGGUCACGCUCGCCGUCGCGUAACAACGAGGAAGCAUUCGUGGGCGGGACCGCGGCACACGCAGAGGUGCUUACACAGUUCAUGCAAUUGACUCAACGGUGGUCGUUGCGGCAAAGACCUCACAUGGGGGAGCUUCUACCGGCGUCUUCACGGCGCGAUGCGCUUUUCCGCUCGAUAUCGAAGGCUCGCCAUCGCAACAAGAGGUACGCCACGUUGCUGCGCGGGCACCACGACGCAUUAUUCACAGUGAAUUUGCCCCAACAGCGGGCCGUGAGAGACGAGGUUAGUUUGCGGUUCUCCAAACCGAGUCCAGACGACAUAGUUCUCGAACAACAGGCCAAGGCGUUUGACGAGAUGUCCAAGGACUUGAAAGCGUUGCAAAUGGGCGCCGUCAAGGAAGAGCCAGCUGUCUCGCUGACUAAGGAAGAAGUAUCACAAAUGGCUUUGAAGGUAGUUCCUGCAACGAACGUGGUCGUUCUCGGCCAUACAGCUGCCGGGAAGACGACUCUACUGGGUCGUCUGCUGCAAGAUCUACACGCGGUAGGCAUCGAGGACGUCAGGGACGCCAAGCGGCAAUGCGAAAGGCGCAAAAUGGAGGACACCAACGCAUACCUUGUCUGGCUUGUAGAGCAAGGCGGUGACAGCGGCUCUCUCUACCACCAUGCAGUGACGUACAGGGAUCACAGUUACAAUUUCACCGUUGCUCCUAGCCGUGGCAAUGACACACAGCGGUUGGUCAGCGAGAUACCGCACAUGGAUAUGGCUAUCCUUGUUGUUGACUGCAGCACCGAUGGGUUUGAGAGUGGGUUUAAUCUGACGGGCCACACGAUAGAGCACGCCCUGCUUGCGAAGUACUCUGGGGUCAAGAAAUUGAUCGUUGCGAUGAACAAGCUGGACACUGUCGACUGGUACGUAGAACGAUACCGGGAGGUGGAGGCCCAAUUGCGUUUAUUCCUUACUGAGAUUGGGUACUCGGACGACCAGGUGUGCUGGGUACCUUGCGACAGCACGAGCGGUGCAACCGUAGCCCACAGAUCGAAAACGUGCGAAUGGUACAGUGGUCCGAGUCUAUUAGAGUGCGUUGUGGAGGACAUUCCCGCCAAUGAGACCACUGUUAACGAGGAGUUGCUACUGUGUGUAUCGCAAGUGCAAGAGGGUAAGCAACUGUGCGUUGAAGGGUGGGUUGGGCAAGGCCACGUUGCUAGGGGUGAGACAUUGGUCUCUGUGACCAACGACAGUCUAUUUACCGUGGCCCGUUUACAAGUGCGCCAGAGCGACGCAGUGUACACAUCCGCAGCUAUCGCGCUCCCCGGUCAGUAUGUGAAAUUACAGUUGAAAGUGACUCGCGGUGGUGUGAGUGUUAAUGAGUACUUGACAUGUGCGAAGGACGGUGUCUCUGCGGUCCCCCCAGCACGAGAACGGUACCUGGAGUUGCAACUUCUCGAGGUAUUCAAAUGCGAUAUCCGGGUUGGGAUGGAACUGAAAUUGUUACGGGAGUUCCAGCGUGUUACCGUUCGAGUCUGUGAGAUCAGUGACCGCGGUUUUAUCCGUUGCGAGGUCACUGAUGACUCAGGUGGUGUCACCGUGUUCAGACGGCUCGAAAACCGCUUUUACGUUACGUGCGAGGGCAGGACCGUUGGGGUUUGCCGAUUGGUACGAUGA